AUGAUUUUUCUUGCUGAAACACGGUGCAACAAGGAAAAACGUUUUCAAAUGCUGAAGAACUUGGGCUUUGACAAUACAAAAGUUGUUCCAAGUGUGGGGGGUUCUGGUGGCUUGGUAGCUGCGUGGAAGAGCAACACAGUUUAUGCAAUUCCCCAUUCAAACCAUCGACAAUUACUCUGGGAAAAUCUCAAAUCUCUGUCAGCUUCGGUCUCGAAACCUUGGACUGUGAUUGGAGAUUUCAACAAUAUCAUCUCUACAAAUGAACGGAUUGGUGGUGGUAGAGGCAAUAUCCAGCGUAUGAAUUGGUUCCAGCAGCAAAUCGAUGGUUGUGGGCUCUUUGACUUGGGGUUCAGUGGUUCGAAAUAUACUUGGAAGGGGCCGAAGGUAAAUGGAUAUGCUCGAUUAUAUGAAAGACUUGACAGAGCACUGGGUAACUCUUCUUUCUUGACAAAUAUGGCUGAUUGUUUUGUUAAGAUAUUACCCAGAAUCUGUUUUUCUGACCACAGUCCUAUUGUGUUGCAAUUCUUUCAAAAAAGUUUUAGCAAUUCAAGACCUUUCCGAUUUGAAGCCAUGUGGUUAGCUCAUGAAAACUUUACGGAUUUCCUUAAUUUGAACUGGGUUGAUGAUAUUGAUAUUAAUGAUGCCUUGCUGUCUUUGCGUGAUUCCUUGGUUGUGUGGAAUAAGGAGGUGUUUAGUGUCAUUGAAAAGAAGAAAAAGCAUAUUCUUGCCCGUUUAAAUGGAAUUCAAAACUCCUCCUCCUACCCUUAUUCGUCAUUCUUAUGUAAUCUGGAAGAUAGCCUUCAAAAUGAACUUGAGAGUGUGCUUAAAUUAGAAGAGAUUAAAUGA